AUGGCCAGAGAAAGCAACGCACCGAAAGAGCCCCUCACUCCGGGGAGGCCGAAUGAGCAGCAUCGUCCAUCGGUGUCUCAGCAGCCCGAGUUUGGCAAAUCUUCGCCCAUGGGUCAACCUCAGUAUCGGCCUACUCAACCAACCCAACCCUCUCAGCCGAACAGAUCGAGCGAAUCGAACCACCUCUUCAAUAUCCCUAAAGCGAACCGUCCCCGGGCAGAGCACCACCGUGACCAGCCUCGAGCCCAGUCUCAGCAAUAUGGUCAGCAAUAUGGUCAGCAAUAUAGUCAGCAACGAUAUGGCGCUCCCUCGACCCAACGGACCCCCAUGGUCGCGUCCACGCCAGCCAAGCGUGGUCCCUUUGAUCCUUUCAAGGCCGUCCGACCCUCCGGUUACAACGACCAUCGACCGGGAUAUGGCACCGGUGCAACCCCCAUAAAACGCCCCGAGAAUACGGAUUGGACAACGCCUCGAGCUCCGAGGGCCCUCUUCAUGUCGAAGGGAACGGCACCUAAGCCCUCGAACGCAUCGAAGAAUCUUCAGGCAUUCAUUGAUUUAACUCAGCAUGAUUCGGGCUCUUUCAAAGACUUUCAAACCGUCCCAACAAGCUUUGGUGCCAUGGAUGUGCACGGCUAUGUUGAUUCUGAAAAGGCGACUGAAAACAUUAAAGCGCUGCUAGAGGGUGCGUUCGAGGAUGAGGAGGAACAAUCUCGUCAAAAGACCAAGAGCAAGAAGAAGGGCAAGAAGAAGAAGAACCAGUCAAAGAAGGACGAACAGGGAGAAUCUGCUAAAGCGGUUAAGAAGGCCGAGGUUGAUGGCCUCGACGAUUUGGCUGCUCAACUCGAGAGCGUUACUGUCAACGACCCGAAGCCGCUGGACCCCGAAGCAGACUCUGAGAAGACAGCCGUGGCAGCCGAGGGCAAGUCCAAAGCGGAUGAAGACAAGAGCAUUGCUGCCGAGGAGGGCGAGGCUGAGGAGGAUGAAGAAGAGGACGAAGAGGAAGAGGAAGAAGACGAUGACGGAACUGUGGAAGGCUUGAAAGUCACCCUCUUGCCUCACCAGAUCGAAGGAGUUAAGUGGAUGUGCGACAAGGAGACGGGACAGCGCACCACCAAGGGAAUCUUCCCGAAGGGUGGUAUCCUUGCCGACGACAUGGGUCUAGGAAAGACCGUUCAAGCAAUUGCUUUGAUCCUCCGAAACCGCAAGCCCGAGAACGAACACAGCGAGAACAUCGACAAACCCGAGAAGAAGGAAACCGAGAAGAAGGACGACGACGAGGAGGAGGCACCCCCAGCCUCCAAGCUUUCCAAGAGCACUCUGGUUGUCGCUCCCCUUGCACUCAUCAAACAAUGGGAAGCCGAGAUUGACGACAAGGUCGAGAAGACCCACAAGCUUAGUGUUUGCUUAUAUCAUGGAGCCAACCGCGCGAAGACCGCUAAGGAUCUUCACACCUACGACGUGGUUAUCACGACCUAUGGAACACUGACCUCGGAGUCUGGAACCGCUGCCGCCGACAAGGCCAAGAAGUCUGGCGUGUUUGCGAACUAUUGGUACCGCAUCAUUCUCGAUGAGGCCCACACUAUCAAGAACCGAAAUGCCAAGGCUACGCAGGCAGCUUGCGCCUUGGACGCCAAGUACCGUUGGUGCUUGACCGGAACCCCGAUGCAAAACAACCUGGAUGAAUUGCAGAGUUUAAUCAAGUUCCUUCGAAUCAAGCCGUUCAACGAUCUUGCUACCUGGCGUGACCAGAUCAGCCGUCCUCUAGCCAAUGGCCGCGGUGGAUUGGCUAUUCAACGUCUACAGGUCUAUCUGAAGGCCUUCAUGAAGCGCCGCACCAAGGACGUGCUGAAGGAAAAUGACAAACCAAAGCCUGGCGAGUCCGCAUUGGACGCGGAUGGCAAGGAAAAGAAGUCAUCCAACGGUUUCAAAAUUGUCAAGCGUGAGGUUAUUAGGGUAGAUGCCGAUUUCAUGGAGGGGGAGAUGAACUUCUAUCAGCGCCUGGAACAGCGUACUGAGAACAGACUUGAUGAAAUGAUGGGUGGUUCUAAGGUCGACUAUGCUGGUGCUUUGACACUGCUGUUGCGCCUUCGCCAAUCCUGUAACCACCCCGAUCUGGUCAAGAGUGACUUGGCUAUCGACAAGGACGUUCUCUUGCAAAAUGGCAGCAGUGGGAGCCAAUCAUCGCAGUCCAAAUCGAGCAACGAUCUCGACGACGUUGCCGACCUCUUCGGUGCACUCAGUGUCGUGACGAAGAAGUGCGAUGUAUGCCAGAGGGAUCUCAACCAGGCCGAUACAUCGAAGGGGGUCACUCGCUGCAGUGACUGUGAAGCCGAUUUGAACACCGACUUCAUGAAGAAGGAUAAGAAGAAGCACAAGUCGAAGAAGACCCACAAGGAGAAGAAGCCCGCCGAGUCAGCUCGUUCCCGAAAGAACCGCAGAGUCGUCCUUGACAGCGAUGAUGAAGAUGAGGACGAAGAUGCUGAAGGCGGCGGUGAAUGGAUUGGCUCCGAUGAUUCGGAGUCUGACGAUGAUGUGAUCGACUCUCCCUCCGGCAAGCACAGGGCCCGACCAAUCAUUCUGGAUAGCUCUGAGGACGAGUCCGAGUCUGAAGCAGAAGAGGAUAUCUAUGAGAACCCCGAGGGUGAAAAUGGAGAAUUGCCUUCGACCAAGAUUCGCCACCUCAUGAAGCUCCUCCACAAGGAGUCGGGUGAUUACAAGUUUAUCGUCUUUUCCGUCUUCACUUCCAUGCUUGACAAGGUUGAACCCUUCCUCAAGCGUGCCAACAUUGGCUUUGCCCGUUACGAUGGUCAGAUGAGAAAUGACCUGCGUGAGGCCAGUCUCAACAAGCUUCGCAACAACAGUGGCACCCGCGUCCUGCUUUGCAGUCUUCGCGCAGGUGCUCUGGGACUUAACCUGACUGCCGCCAGUCGUGUGGUCAUUCUGGAGCCAUUCUGGAAUCCCUUCGUUGAAGAGCAAGCUAUCGACCGUGUCCACCGCCUCAACCAGACAGUCGAUGUAAAGAUCUACCGAAUGAUCAUCAAGGGCACCGUUGAAGAGCGUAUUGUCGAUCUCCAAGAUCGCAAGCGCGAGCUAGCCAACAUGACCAUCGAGGGCAAGUCCGCCGCCGGCAAAUUGACUAUGCGCGACAUGAUGGCCCUCUUCGGCCGCGACGCCGAGCACAAAUUCCAGGACAAACAGGGUACCUUGGAUUUCAAGCAGCCCACUCGACUUUUGAGCUCGGGCGAUGACACUGGGCCUGCGCCGCAGUCUUUAGCUCGAUCGGAUUCACGCGACCGGAGUCGUCCGCAACCAUCCAAUCGGCCGAAAACUGAGGACUCGGUGUAUGGUCGGCGCUGGUGA